UUCCAUCCUCGUUCUUGUUUUUUUUUUUUUGUUGUAUUCGCUUGGAUUCGCGUGCGUCCGCAACGGAAGAAUCCAACUAACUCUAUAUGAUGGCCGAUCACUUAGACGAACCGCCCCAAAAGCGGGUGAAAAUGGAUCCAACGGACAUCUCCUACUUUCUGGAGGAGAACCUGCCCGAUGAGCUGGUGUCCUCGAACAGCGGCUGGUCGGAUCAGCUGACCGGCGGAGCAGGCGGUGGCAAUGGAGGUGGCGGCGCCUCCGGUGUGACCACAAAUUCCACAUCCGGCCCAAAUCCCGGCGGCGGACCCAACAAACCGGCAGCCCAAGGACCCGGUCCCGGCUCUGGCACUGGCGGAGUCGGUGUUGGAGUCAAUGUGGCCGUCGGUGGUGUUGUCGGCGUCGGCGUUGUGCCUUCCCAGAUGAACGGAGCCGGCGGCGGCAACGGAUCCGGAACGGGUGGCGACGACGGCAGUGGCAACGGCUCCGGCGCGGGCAACAGAAUUAGUCAAAUGCAGCACCACCAGCAGCUGCAGCACCUACUCCAGCAGCAGCAGCAGGGCCAGAAGGGCGCCAUGGUGGUGCCCGGGAUGCAGCAGCUGGGCAGCAAGUCGCCCAACCUACAGUCACCCAACCAGGGUGGCAUGCAGCAGGUGGUGGGCACUCAGAUGGGUAUGGUCAACUCAAUGCCCAUGUCAAUAUCGAAUAAUGGCAACAAUGGCAUGAACGCCAUACCAGGCAUGAACACCAUUGCGCAGGGCAAUCUGGGAAACAUGGUGCUGACCAACAGCGUUGGCGGCGGCAUGGGCGGCAUGGUCAAUCAUCUCAAGCAGCAGCCUGGCGGCGGCGGCGGUGGGAUGAUCAAUGCCGUUUCGGUACCGGGAGGACCUGGAUCGGGAGCUGGAGGCGUUGGAGCUGGCGGCGGUGGUGCCGUUACCGCCAACCAAGGCAUGCAUAUGCAGAACGGCCCGAUGAUGGGCCGGAUGGUGGGGCAACAGCAUAUGCUACGUGGUCCGCAUCUCAUGGGUGCCGCUGGAGGAGCUGGUGGGCCUGGCAAUGGACCUGGUGGCGGCGGGCCACGCAUGCAGAAUCCCAACAUGCAAAUGAGUUUUCGUCCGUUUGCAGCUCAACUCAACAGCCUGCCCUACGGAGUGGGUCAGUAUGGUGGCCCAGGCGGUGGCAACAAUCCCCAGCAGCAGCAGCAGCAACAACAGCAGCAACAACUCCUCGCCCAGCAGAUGGCCCAAAGAGGCGGCGUCGUACCGGGCAUGCCGCAGGGCAAUCGACCCGUUGGCACAGUGGUGCCCAUGUCCACACUCGGUGGCGAUGGAUCAGUGCCCGCGGGGCAGCUGGUCAGCGGGAAUCCUCAGCAGCAACAGAUGCUGGCGCAACAGCAAACCGGAGCCAUGGGCCCGCGUCCUCCGCAACCCAACCAGCUGCUUGGUCAUCCCGGACAGCAGCAGCAACAGCAGCCAGGCACCUCGCAGCAGCAGCAACAGGGAGUUGGUCUCGGAGGAGCAGGCGUUGUGGCGAAUGCAGGAACCGUUGCUGGCGUGCCGACAGUGGCAGGCGGCGGAGCCGGUGGCGCCGUACAAGCUAGCGGCCCUGGUGGCGCCAAUCGCGAUGUGCCCGACGACCGUAAGCGACAGAUCCAGCAGCAACUGAUGCUGCUCCUCCAUGCACACAAGUGCAAUCGCAGGGAGAACCUGAAUCCGAACAGGGAGGUGUGCAACGUCAACUACUGCAAGGCGAUGAAAUCAGUGCUGGCCCACAUGGGCACUUGCAAACAGAGCAAGGACUGCACCAUGCAGCAUUGUGCCUCCUCGCGCCAAAUCCUGUUGCAUUACAAGACGUGCACGAACAGUGGCUGCGUGAUUUGCUAUCCCUUCCGCCAGAAUCAUUCGGUUUUUCAAAAUGCUAAUGUGCCGCCAGGAGGCGGGCCGCCGGGAAUUGGUGGUGCGCCUCCAGGUGGCGGCGGAGCGGCUGGUGGAUCGGCUGGAGCAGGCGGUAAUCUUCAGCAGCAACAGCAGCAGCAACAACAGCAGCAGCAGCAGAACCAGCAGCCCAAUCUGACCGGUCUGGUGGUGGAUGGCAAGCAAGGACAACAGGUGGCACCAGGAGGUGGCCAAAACACUGCCAUAGUUCUACCCCAGCAGCAGGGAGCGGGCGGUGCACCGGGUGCGCCGAAAACGCCUGCGGACAUGGUCCAACAAUUGACCCAACAGCAGCAGCAGCAGCAGCAACAGCAGGUGCACCAGCAGCAGGUUCAGCAGCAGGAACUCCGUCGAUUCGAUGGCAUGGGCCAAGUUGGACUAUCGCCGGUGCCAGCUGGCGGUAUGCAGCAGCAGCAGGGUUUGCCUCCUGUGAUUCGCAUGCAAGGCGGCGUUCAGCCGGCCGUCAGGGUACUGGGACCAGGUGGUCCCGGCGGCCCAAGUGGACCCAAUGUACUGCCGAACGAUGUUAACAGCCUGCAUCAACAACAGCAGCAGAUGCUCCAACAGCAGCAGCAGCAACAGGGCCAGAAUCGACGACGCGGUGGCCUGGCCACCAUGGUCGAGCAGCAGCAACAACAGCAGCAGCAGCAGCAACAACAACAGCAGCAGCAGCAACCCAAUCCCGCCCAGCUGGGUGGCAACAUUCCAACACCACUCUCUGUUAACGUCGGCUUUGGCAAUGCCAAUUUCGGUGGUGCGGCAGCCGGCGGAGCCGUGGGAGCCAAUGACAAGCAGCAGCUGAAGGUGGCCCAAGUGCAUCCGCAGAGCCAUGGCGUUGGAGCGGGCGGAGCAGCAGCGGGCGCCGGUGCGAGUGGUGGUCAAGUGGCAGCUGGUUCCAGUGUACUGAUGCCAGCCGAUACCACGGGCAGUGGUAAUGCAGGCAAUCCCAACCAGAAUGCAGGCGGUGGAGCAGGAGGUGCCGGCGGUGGCAAUGGCGGAAACUCCGGGCCACCGGGCGACAACGAGAAAGACUGGCGGGAAUCGGUGACCGCCGAUCUGCGCAACCACCUCGUCCACAAACUGGUGCAGGCCAUCUUCCCCACCUCGGAUCCCACGACCAUGCAGGACAAGCGGAUGCAUAAUCUCGUUUCCUACGCGGAAAAGGUCGAGAAGGAUAUGUACGAAAUGGCCAAGUCCAGAUCGGAGUACUAUCACCUGCUGGCCGAAAAGAUCUACAAGAUCCAAAAGGAGCUGGAGGAGAAGCGACUGAAGCGUAAGGAGCAGCACCAACAAAUGCUGAUGCAGCAGCAGGGCGGUGCGAAUCCAGUGGCCGGAGGAGCGGCUGGCGGUGCAGGCAGUGCAGCUGGUGGAGCGGGCGGUGUAGUCUUGCCCCAGCAGCAGCAGCAACAGCAGCAGCAACAACAGCAGCAGCAGGGUCAACAACCGCUGCAGAGCUGUAUCCAUCCCAGCAUCAGUCCAAUGGGCGGUGUGAUGCCUCCGCAGCAGCUGCGUCCACAAGGACCACCUGGAAUACUGGGCCAGCAGACGGCAGCAGGCCUGGGCGUCGGCGUGGGUGGUGUCACCAACAACAUGGUGACCAUGCGCAGUCAUUCGCCCGGUGGCAACAUGCUCGCCCUGCAGCAACAACAGCGCAUGCAGUUCCCGCAACAACAGCAGCAACAACCGCCCGGUUCUGGUGCCGGCAAAAUGCUGGUCGGCCCACCAGGACCCAGUCCCGGUGGCAUGGUGGUCAAUCCCGCGCUCUCGCCUUAUCAGACGACCAAUGUGCUUACCAGUCCGGUGCCAGGACAGCAGCAACAGCAGCAGUUCAUCAAUGCGAACGGCGGCACUGGCGCCAAUCCUCAGCUGAGCGAGAUCAUGAAGCAGCGACACAUUCACCAGCAGCAGCAGCAACAGCAGGUGCAGCAGCAGCAGCAGCAACAACAGCAGCAGCAGCAGCAGGGAAUGUUGUUGCCGCAGUCGCCAUUCAGCAAUGCCACACCUCUACAACAACAACAGCAGCAGCAGCAGGCGACUAGCAACAGCUUUAGCUCACCAAUGCAGCAGCAACAGCAGCAGCAGCAGCAGCAAGGUCAGCAACAGCAACAACAGAAGCCCGGCAGUGUGCUGAACAAUAUGCCGCCCACGCCGACGAGUCUGGAAGCACUGAAUGCGGGAGGUGGAGCGCCGGGAACGGGAGGAUCUGCCUCCAAUGUGACGGUUUCCGCUCCGAGCCCAUCGCCCGGCUUCCUGUCCAAUGGCCCGUCGAUUGGCACGCCCUCCAACAAUAAUAAUAGUAGUAGUGCUAACAACAACCCGCCCUCGGUGAGCAGUCUAAUGCAACAGCCGCUGAGCAAUCGGCCGGGUACGCCUCCAUAUAUACCCGCCUCCCCAGUGCCGGCGACAAGUGCCUCCGGAUUGGCGGCGAGCAGUACGCCCGCAUCAGCAGCAGCCACCUGUGCGAGUAGUGGCAGUGGCAGCAAUAGCAGCAGUGGAGCCACUGCAGCGGGUGCUAGUUCCACGUCAUCAUCUUCCUCGGCGGGCUCGGGUACACCACUCAGUUCGGUAUCGACUCCCACAUCGGCCACGAUGGCCACCAGCAGCGGUGGUGGUGCUGGCGCUGCAGGAGGCGGAUCAUCCACAACGCCCGCUAGCAAUCCACUGCUCCUCAUGUCUGGAGGAACGGCAGGAGGCGGAACGGGUGCGACGACCACCACAUCGACGUCUUCGAGCAGUCGCAUGAUGAGCAGCUCCAGCAGUCUCUCCUCCCAGAUGGCUGCCCUGGAGGCUGCGGCGCGAGACAACGACGAUGAGACACCAUCGCCGUCCGGCGAGAAUACGAAUGGCAGUGGUGGAAGUGGAAAUGCCGGCGGCAUGGCCUCCAAGGGCAAGCUGGACUCCAUUAAGCAGGAUGACGAUAUCAAGAAGGAGUUCAUGGAUGACAGCUGUGGCGGCAAUAACGAUAGCUCGCAAAUGGAUUGCUCGACGGGUGGUGGCAAGGGCAAGAAUGUGAACAACGACGGCACCAGCAUGAUCAAAAUGGAGAUCAAGACGGAGGAGGGACUCGAUGGCGAGGUGAAGAUCAAAACGGAGGCCAUGGAUGUGGACGAGGCUGGUGGCUCGACAGCCGGUGACCAUCAUGGUGAAGGUGGCGGCGGCAGUGGUGUUGGCGGCGGCAAGGACAACAUCAAUGGUGCGCACGAUGGCGGAUCGGCAGGUGGUGCUGUGGACAUAAAGCCCAAGACGGAUACGAAGCCACUCGUGCCGGAACCACUGGCACCCAAUGCGGGUGACAAGAAAAAGAAGUGCCAAUUCAAUCCCGAAGAACUGCGCACCGCUCUGCUGCCGACGCUGGAGAAGCUCUACAGGCAGGAGCCCGAGUCCGUGCCCUUUCGCUACCCAGUUGAUCCCCAGGCGCUGGGCAUACCCGAUUACUUUGAGAUCGUGAAGAAGCCCAUGGACCUGGGCACCAUACGCACCAACAUACAGAAUGGCAAGUACAGUGAUCCCUGGGAGUAUGUGGACGACGUUUGGCUGAUGUUCGACAAUGCCUGGCUGUAUAAUCGCAAAACAUCGCGGGUCUAUCGCUAUUGCACAAAGCUUUCCGAAGUUUUUGAGGCGGAGAUUGAUCCGGUGAUGCAGGCGCUGGGCUAUUGCUGCGGCAGGAAGUACACAUUCAAUCCACAGGUGCUCUGCUGCUACGGCAAGCAGCUGUGCACAAUUCCGCGGGAUGCGAAGUACUACAGCUACCAGAACAGUCUAAAGGAAUACGGUGUCGCCUCAAAUAGAUACACCUACUGCCAAAAGUGCUUUAACGACAUCCAGGGCGAUACGGUCACACUGGGCGACGAUCCACUGCAAUCACAAACCCAAAUCAAAAAGGAUCAGUUCAAGGAGAUGAAGAACGAUCAUCUCGAGCUGGAGCCGUUUGUCGAUUGCCAGGAGUGCGGACGCAAACAGCACCAGAUCUGCGUCCUCUGGCUGGAUUCCAUUUGGCCCGGUGGCUUUGUGUGCGACAACUGCCUGAAGAAGAAGAACUCGAAGCGGAAGGAGAACAAGUUCAAUGCGAAACGCCUGCCCACCACCAAGCUGGGCGUGUACAUAGAGACGCGGGUGAACAACUUCCUCAAGAAGAAGGAGGCUGGUGCCGGCGAGGUGCACAUACGUGUGGUCAGCUCAUCGGACAAGUGUGUGGAGGUGAAGCCCGGGAUGCGGCGGCGAUUCGUCGAGCAGAACGAGAUGAUGAACGAGUUUCCUUAUCGGGCCAAAGCCCUCUUCGCCUUCGAGGAGGUGGACGGCAUCGAUGUGUGCUUCUUUGGCAUGCACGUCCAGGAGUAUGGAUCCGAAUGCCCGGCGCCGAAUACGCGUCGUGUGUACAUCGCCUAUUUGGAUUCCGUUCAUUUCUUCCGGCCACGACAGUACCGUACAGCGGUAUAUCACGAAAUCCUGCUCGGCUACAUGGACUACGUGAAACAGCUGGGCUAUACAAUGGCCCACAUCUGGGCAUGUCCGCCAUCCGAGGGCGAUGACUACAUCUUCCAUUGCCAUCCCACGGACCAGAAGAUACCCAAGCCCAAACGCCUGCAGGAGUGGUACAAAAAGAUGCUUGACAAGGGCAUGAUCGAGCGCAUCAUACAGGACUACAAGGACAUCCUGAAGCAGGCGAUGGAGGACAAACUGGGCUCCGCCGCCGAGUUGCCCUACUUUGAGGGCGACUUCUGGCCCAAUGUGCUGGAGGAGAGCAUCAAGGAACUGGACCAGGAGGAGGAGGAGAAGCGCAAGCAGGCCGAGGCCGCGGAAGCAGCAGCUGCGGCAAAUCUUUUCUCCAUCGAGGAAAACGAGGUCAGCGGCGAUGGCAAAAAGAAGGGCCAAAAGAAGGCCAAGAAGUCGAACAAAUCGAAAGCGGCGCAGCGUAAGAACAGCAAAAAGUCCAAUGAACAUCAAUCGGGCAACGAUCUCUCCGCCAAGAUAUAUGCGACCAUGGAGAAGCACAAGGAGGUCUUCUUCGUCAUCCGCCUGCAUUCGGCGCAGUCGGCAGCUAGUUUAGCGCCCAUCCAAGAUCCCGAUCCGCUGCUCACAUGCGAUCUGAUGGACGGACGCGAUGCCUUCCUGACCCUCGCCCGCGACAAGCACUUUGAGUUCUCGUCGCUGCGGCGCGCACAGUUCUCCACACUGUCCAUGUUGUAUGAGCUGCAUAACCAGGGUCAGGACAAGUUCGUUUACACCUGCAACCACUGCAAGGCGGCUGUGGAGACGCGCUACCACUGCACUGUUUGUGAUGACUUCGAUCUGUGUAUCGUGUGCAAGACGAAGGUUGGCCAUCAGCACAAGAUGGAGAAGCUCGGCUUCGACAUCGACGACGGCUCUGCGCUGUCGGAUCACAAGCAGGCGAAUCCGCAGGAGGCCCGCAAGCAGUCCAUCCAGCGUUGCAUCCAAUCGCUGGUGCACGCCUGCCAGUGUCGCGACGCCAACUGCCGCCUGCCAUCGUGCCAGAAGAUGAAGCGCGUAGUCCAGCACACGAAGAACUGCAAGCGCAAGACCAACGCCAAUGGAGGAUGCCCCAUUUGCAAGCAGCUCAUCGCCCUCUGUUGCUACCAUGCCAAGCACUGUCAGGAGCAGAAGUGCCCCGUGCCGUUCUGUCCCAACAUCAAGCACAAGCUCCAUCAGCAGCAGUCCCAGCAGAAAUUCCAGCAGCAGCAGUUGCUGCGUCGUCGUGUGGCGCUCAUGUCGCGUACAGCAGCUCCAGCGGCCCUGCAAGGCCCAACUGCAGUCAGCGGUCCGACCGUCGUCUCUGGCGGAGUGCCCGUGGUGGGCAUGUCCGGUGUGGCAGUUAGCCAACAGGUGAUACCCGGCCAGGCGGGUAUACUGCCACCGGGAGCGGGUGGCAUGUCGCCAUCUACCGUGGCAGUGCCAUCGCCCGUUUCGGGAGGAGCUGGCGCCGGUGGAAUGGGUGGCAUGACCUCACCACAUCCGCAUCAACCGGGUAUAGGCAUGAAACCAGGUGGCGGUCACUCGCCGUCACCAAAUGUGCUGCAAGUGGUGAAGCAGGUGCAGGAAGAGGCAGCUCGUCAGCAGGUCUCGCAUGGCGGUGGCUUCGGCAAGGGUGUACCCAUGGCGCCGCCCGUGAUGAAUCGACCGAUGGGCGGCGCAGGACCCAACCAAAAUGUUGUUAAUCAACUCGGCGGCAUGGGCGUUGGAGUUGGUGGUGUCGGCGGCGUUGGCGUCGGAGGCGUUGGCGGUGUGGGUGUCAAUCAACUGAAUUCAGGUGGUGGUGGCAAUACACCAGGCGGCCCCAUACCCGGCUCCGGAAUGAAUCACCUCAUGUCCAUAGAUCAGUGGGGCGGUGGCGGAGCCGGCGGCGGUGGUGGCAAUCCCGGCGGUGGUAAUCCCCAAGCGCGCUAUGCCAACAACACCGGCGGCAUGCGCCAGCCCAACCAGAUGAUGCAAACGAAUCUGAUACCGCCGCAGCAACAGAUGAUGGGCGGACUGGGCGGACCCAAUCAACUGGGUGGUGGCCAGAUGCCAGUCGGCGGACAGCACGGAGGCAUGGGAAUGGGCAUGGGAGCACCGCCAAUGGCCGGAACUGUUGGCGGAGUGCGGCCCGGAGCAGGUGGUGGCGGUGGAAGUGCGACUGGGGGCGGUCUAAAUACGCAACAACUCGCCCAGAUCAUGCAGAAGAUCAAGAACAAUCCCACCAACGAGAGCAACCAGCACAUCCUCACCAUACUGAAACAGAAUCCGCAGAUCAUGGCGGCGAUCAUCAAGCAGCGCCAGCAGAGCCACCAGUCGCAAAUCAAUGCGGCGGCGGGCGGUGGAGCACCUGGCCCCGGUGGUGGUGCCUUGCAGCAGCAGCAGGCGGGCAACGGACCGCAGAAUCCUCAACAGCAGCAACAGCAGCAGCAGCAACAACAGCAGCAGCAGCAGCAACAGGUGAUGCAGCAACAGCAGAUGCAGCACAUGAUGAACCAGCAGCAGGGCGGUGGCGGUCCACAGCAGAUGAAUCCCAACCAGCAGCAGCAGCAGCAGGUCAAUCUCAUGCAGCAGCAGCAACAAGGCGGACCCGGAGGACCAGGCUCGGGACUGCCCACGCGCAUGCCCAACAUGCCCAAUGCCUUGAACAUGCUGCAGAGCCUUCCGCCCAACAUGUCGCCCGGCGUUUCCGCCCAGGGAGGAAUGGUGCCCAACCAGAACUGGAACAAGAUGCGCUACAUGCAGAUGGGCCAGUACCCGCCACCGUAUCCGCAGCGCCAGCGUGGUCCGCACAUGGGCGGAGCGGGACCCGGUCCCGGCCAGCAACAGUUCCCCGGCGGCGGCGGUGGUGCGGGCAACUUCAAUGCGGGCGGUGCUGGUGGUGCCGGCGGCGUUGUCGGUGUGGGCGGAGUGCCCGGUGGAGCUGGAUCGGUGCCCGGUGGCGAUCAGUACUCGAUGGCGAAUGCGGCGGCUGCCUCCAAUAUGCUGCAACAGCAGCAGGGACAGGUGGGCGUCGGCGUGGGCGUUGGUGUGAAGCCAGGACCCGGCCAGCAGCAACAGCAGAUGGGCGUGGGCAUGCCGCCGGGCAUGCAGCAGCAACAGCAACAGCAGCAACAACAACCGCUGCAGCAGCAGCAAAUGAUGCAGGUGUCAAUGCCGAAUGCGAAUGCCCAAAAUCCGUCGGCGGUGGUGGGCGGACCCAAUGCCCAGGUGAUGGGUCCACCGACGCCGCACUCUCUGCAACAGCAGCUGAUGCAAUCGGCCCGCUCGUCGCCGCCCAUACGCUCGCCGCAGCCAACGCCAUCGCCACGUUCGGCCCCGUCGCCACGUGCUGCUCCCUCCGCCUCGCCAAGGGCACAGCCCUCGCCGCACCAUGUGAUGAGCAGCCAUUCGCCGGCGCCGCAGGGACCACCGCAUGAUGGUAUGCACAAUCAUGGCAUGCAUCAUCAGUCGCCACUGCCGGGAGUGCCGCAGGAUGUUGGCGUGGGCGUCGGAGUCGGUGUCGGUGUUGGCGUGAACGUUGGCAACGUGGGCGUGGGCAACGCCGGAGGUGCCCUGCCCGACGCCUCCGACCAGCUGACCAAGUUUGUGGAGAGACUCUAGUGCAGCAACAGCGGCAGCAGCAGCAGCAGCAGCAGCAGUAGCAACACCAGCAUCAGCAACAGCACCACCAACAGCUACAAUGGUUGGUAGCCGCCGUGGCAGAGGGCUAGACUGAAUGGAUGCCCAGUAGCCGCAGUAGCCGUAGCCGCAGACGACGACGACGACGACGACCAACAUCAUUAUCAGCCAGCAGGGAUCACCAGUGUGUGUUAAACUAAUUAACAACUAUUACUAACUAAAUCUAUUACUUUUUUUUUUUAUCAAAAACCACGGCACCCCUAUUUGUAUAGUGUUAUAAUUAAACCAAUAACUAUCACACCUAAGUUGUACUGUAGAUUAAGAUGACCCACCAUUACAAUCACUAACAAUCCCCUAUUAUUUAAGUCUAGGACAAAAUUUGAACAAAGCAUUAUGAUUCGAUUUCCAUUUUAUGUCCGCGAUUUAGCAAAUAUAUAUAUCAUAUAUUUCAUAUGCCCCUACAAAACACACACACACCAUGUAUUAAUGAAUGCAAUUCCUUCGUUUCCACUAAAACAGAUAUAGAAAACGGAAAAAAACAAUGAGGUCCGGGAUAGGGAUUAGAAGGAGCUACAGGAUAGACAUCUCUCGAUGUGACAUGGCGUUCAAAACGUUAAGCGAAAGCUCUAAAUACCUUUCCAUAGUGACUCGCAUCGGAAUGUUUAGUGUAAAGUAACAUUAUUUAUUUUGGUGACUCCGCCACUAGAAAGCCAACGAAUAGCAAUCUGUUGCAAGUUUGUCAAGAUUGUGAGACAUAACAGCAUGUUGUAAAGUUGAAUUAAGUUUUUUGUACCCUUGUAGUGUUGUAAGCCAGUUGACCCACGACGAAGACGAAGACGACAACCACAACCACAGCCACAGCAACGACGACUCGACUCAAUUCACCCGACCCGACCAUUCGCAUCUGCAUCCGCAUCCGCAUCCGCACAAGAAAUAUAUAGCCUAUAGUGAACAUGUGCCUGUUGGCGAUCGGCAGUUGAUUAAUUGCUCCUUAUAGGAGCUGCAAAUUGGGAACACGCAUAGAGUAAAUACAUAUUUUUAUACACAGAUCGAACGGAAUAAGUAUCUGAAACAGAAACAAAAACGAAAACAGAAUCUGAAUCGAACUCGAAAUUUAAAUUGAAAUUGAAACCCAUCUGAGCGCAAAAUCGAAAUUCAAGUCUAAAAGAAACUGAGUUCGAGGACGAAGAAGAAGGAGAACGCAAUUAGGAGAAUCAGGAUCAGGAAUCAGGACAGUAGCAAACGAAACACCAAACAGAUGAUGAGAGGAGUAGGAGUAGGAGUAGGAUGGACGGGGUUUAGCGAUACGAAAGGAGUAUGAUGAUGAUGAUGAUGACGAUGAUGAUGAUAAACAAGAGCAACAAAAUAGCAAUAGCCAAAAUGCUUUGAAAACAGUUUUAGGGUACUUGAACUAAUUUAGGAACGUAACAUUUACAACAUAUAUGCAUACGUAGGACAACAACAAAUUAGUGUUGUAAUUUCUAACAAAUUGUUCACGAUUGAUUGUUUAUAUUGUUUAAGAACGAUUUUAGCCUAAGGACCACGCCCCAUGUGUGUGUGUGUGUGUGUGUGCGUGUGUGCGUGAGUGCGUGUGAGUGUGUCUGUGCGCGUUCCUAAUUCUUCGAUUAUUACAACCAUUUAAUUUUCGAUCUUUUUGUACAUAACUUGACGUUUUACUUAGUAUUUGAUUUUGUGAUAGCGAAAAGGAUAUAUAAAGGAUAUAUAGGGGAGCGCCGCCAGGAACCCCAUUUGUCUCAAAAGCAGGAAGCAGGAUAUUUAACGGGGUACGCAGGAUUGAUUGCUAUUUAUUAACGCUAAAAUACAACAAACAAUUUAAAACAGAAAAAAAAACCAUCUAGGCUAUAGACUUUUAGGCUAAAACGCGAUGAUUUAGGUUUAUCACUAUUUAUUAGACGUAGUCUGUAGUUUUCAACUGGGUUUUAGUUCAUUAAUCGGAUAUAUCAUGUCUUAACUAUCAUUGAUUUCUUAACUCUUUUUUUUGUUCGUAUAUCUAAGAUGAUAUGUGAAAGCUAUUGUUUUCGUUUUCAAACUGUUUUCAUUCUAACAGUUGCCGCCGCCCAAGAAACAGAAAGAGAAAGAGACAGCGAGAGAGCGAGACAGUAGAUGAGUGAUGAGUGGAAAUGAUGAGGGGAUUUUGUAAAUUUUAGAUACUAGGAUACUUAUUCACUGCGCAUAAAAAUGCCUUCAAUUGCGACAUCAGCAAGUAACUAACAUAACUGUAAAUACCCAACAACAAAACACACACACACACACAAAACAUACGAAUACAAGUAAACACAAUAUAAAGAUAUACAUAUAUAUUAAUAACAAUAUAUAUAAUAUAUAUAUUUACCGAUUACUUACUGAUAGGUGUAGUAGGUCACUCGUACGCGAAAGUUGGUAAUAUCCAAUGCCUAGUUCGUAAGCCGCGCAUUCAUAUAUCGAAACAAUCGGGUAUAUCGUUUAUAUUAGGAUCGAUCGACACCGCGACUAACGAACACACACACACACCCACACACACACAUAUGGCAUAUAAAUACAUAUAUGUAUAUAUCGGGAUAUAUACUUUUAGUUAGUGUUUUUAAACGAAACGCGCAGAGUUUCCUUAGCUAAGCGAAAGACAAAAACAAAAAAAAUGGGAAAACCAACUAAAAAAGCUGCGCCUGCCAACGAUAAAAAGCCGAUAAGAAAAAAGAAAAAAAAUAAAAUAAAAAGGACGAGGAGAAUGCGAAACCCACGCUGCGCUGCACACAAUCAAAAAACAAACAAAAAAAACAAAAAUCAUUAAACAGACACCAAAAAACAAAAAAACUUUAAAAUAAAGCAACUUAAAAUAUAUAUUAUUAUAUAGAAACGAAAACAUACUCAAGUCACUGGGCUCUGCCGCCGAAUGCCUUUGUACUUUUAACGUAUGGAACAAUGAUCGGUAAUUGAUUAUCGACAAUCGUUGAUCGGUAAUGUUGCGAUAACAAGACGCUGCCUUCAAAACGCAGACGCCGCGUGCUGGUGCAAAAAUUAGAAAUCACAAAAAACGGAAUAACGGAAAAUAAGUUAUCGGAUUUGCGGGCGCAGCGUUUAAUUAUUAAUUAAGCCCACGAUAGUAACCAAAAAUAAGAAGGAAGAUGAUAGAGCGAGAGAGAGAGAGAGAAAGAAAGAGCUGCUUGCCGUCUUUUUUCUGCGAAUUGUUUUUGUUUUUUUUUUUUUUAACAACCUCACACAGUCAACAGCAAUGAACAAAGUUAUGGGUGUGAAAGAGAGCGAGCGAGAGAGCGAGAGAGAGAG